GUACUGUGUGUAUAAGCAAAUACAAUCAUAAUAUAUAUAUAGAGAUAGAUACUUAGACAUAUAAACCAAACCCACCAAACAUUCUUUGAUACUUUUCUCCAAAAAUACAUAUCUCUCUUGCGUUCUUGUAAUAGAGCCAAAAUCAAAAGCGGAGGAUCAUGACAAGUUUUCAUGAGGAGACGCGUCUAGUACUCCUCACCAAGGGGAAACGAACCAAACGUCCUCGAUCUUCGUCUCCUCAUAUGAACGCAGAAGCAGUGUCCGGCGUUUGCAGCGAGGACCGAUCACUAGAGGCAAAAGAAGGAGCUGGUGAAGUUGAAUUCCAGGGAGCAACGGACGAAGACCAAGACAUGGCGAAUUGUCUGAUGCUAUUGUCGCAAGGACAUAAAGAAAAGAGUAGUGGCGAUCAUUCAUCGACGCUGAAGAUUGGUUUCUUGACAGACAAGAAACCGGUGGCUUCUCUAGGUUUAGGGCUAGACGGUGUUUACCAGUGCAAAACGUGUGAUAAAAGCUUCCACUCGUUUCAAGCGCUAGGAGGACACAGGGCUAGCCAUAAGAAGCCCAAACGCGACGAGAAGAACUCUGCGUCCGCGGUUGAAACGGUGGAAUCUGCAGAAGCUGUAGGAAGCUUUCUUUCUCUGCAAGUAAGUAGCAGUGAUGGUAGCAAGAAACCUGAAAAGACACAUGAAUGUUCGAUCUGCAAGGCCGAGUUUUCUUCAGGACAAGCUUUGGGAGGUCAUAUGAGGAGACAUAGAGGUUUAAACGUAAACGCAAAUGCUACUUCAAUAACAAAAGCCGUGUUAUCAUCAAGUCAUCACCAAGAACCAAUACGGCCAAAGAACUUUCUUGAGUUGGACCUGAACCUUCCAGCGCCAGAAGAUGAACCAAAAUUCGUGUUUGCGUCCAAAGAUCAGAUGCUUCUCUUCGCGUCUGCGUCCAAUUCUUUGAUUGAUUGUCAUCACUAACUAAGUAGUUCUUGUAAUUACUUGUUUUUACCUUGACAUGUUAAUCACUAACCCUUCUAUACUCUUAUUAUUAUUGUUAUUAUCCAAUAUUGAUUCUUGUAAUUUGACAUUGAUUGAAUUAACUUCAGAUUAUUUCGUUUA